AUGGAGAUGCAGGCGAUUUCCCCUUUCAUGCCGGAGAAUUACUCGAUGGGGGCGUACGAGGGCCGGAUGAGGAGGGAAGUGGUGCCUGCCGCCCGAUGGCUGAAGACGUGGUACGCCGUCGCCGAUCUCUGUCGUUCACUUUUUUUUUUUAGGCAUUCGAUUGACCGCGGGGUUUCUUCGCGCUGCAUCCGAUGGGAAAUGGGGGAUAGUUUUGUCUCUGAUUCUUCGCUGUGAUAAGUGCCGGAUGUGGACGCGGGAUGUUUUCGAUUUGUUUUUCGUAUUUCGUGGUGUUUUUUGUGAUUUUUCCAGCCGUCAUGCUCCCAGUGUAUCAUUUCGUAUUUUUUGAUGGGGGUGAUGAUGAUGGCAUUCUAGGGUUCCCCAGGAUCUUCUUGCGACCGGAGGCAAGGGCAUGGCUUUGAAAUGGGUCAGAGGUACCUCUCUCUUGUAUUCAGUGGGAGUAUUUGGGCUGUUGAUACCAAUUGCUUUGUUACAUGACGUGAGACAGAGAAAAUGCUCAUACAGUCGCGUUAUUCUUUUUUUUCUCAUAUUUCAGAGGACGUUCUUCAAGCCAUGAACGAAAAACUCGAAGAACCCGAACAAGAAGAACGAGAACCUGAACCGACCACAGAAAUUCUAUUCCUUUGCAGCUUUGAGGGUUGUGGAAAGACAUUCAUUGACGUGGCCGCCUUGAGGAAGCACUCCCAUGUCCACGGGGAGAAGCAGUAUAUUUGCCAUUACGAAGGAUGUGGAAAGGUAUCAUCCUUUCUAAGUGUUAUUUUACUCCAGAUUUAGACGUUGCUAGAUACAUCACACAUUCAAAUUCUAAGAGGAAGGAGAAAAAAACGAUUGUAGUCUGUAACCAUGUGAAAUUAUUUUUUCUAAUAGAAAGGGUUUCGUUAGUAGCGGUUAUUUAAAACACCAUUGUCCAUAACUAUGGUUAGCAUUUCCGCUUAUCAAUUCAAUUUCCUAGUGAGCAAGCUUUAUCCUUUUCUUCGGACUCUAGGAUAGGGAAAGAAGUGCCAGUGAAGAUUGCUGUGAUAUAUUUGGCGCCGACGUAGGAUGUUCUAUUGAGCUUUGUAAAUCCGUAGAUUAUUAUACCAGAUGGGCACGCUUCAAUAUACCCAUGCAUAGUUACUUUCUGCUCUUUCAUUUUAUGUACCUAACUGGUUUCUUCCUAAGAAAUUCGUCAUCUAUUUGAUCCCCAAUUUUUCUUUUCCUUCUAAGUAUAAAAUCAUGUGGCUGAGUUUUUCAUAAUCUGUUUUUAAUGUGUUUGGAUUCACUUGGUUGUUACAAUGAUUACGCUCAUGUUCUAAAACUUCUUCUGAGUAUUAUUCUGGGAAAAAACUUUAAUGGUUCUGAAAUGCUCAUAUUCUACUGUUAUAGAAAUUCUUGGACAGCUCCAAGCUUAAACGGCAUUUCCUUAUACACACCGGUGAAAAGGCUUACAUGUGUACCUAUGAAGGUUGUGGCAAGGUAAAACUCUCUCUGUACUAGAUUAAUUAUCUUUUAAUUAUUUCUUAAAAUUGGUUUUGAAAAAAUAUCUCAUAUUAUACUAUAACAGAGUUGGGUGUUGAAUUUGAUAACGCUGGGCUGUCAUUGGUCAUAUUCAACCACAUCCUUUGUGUUUUUUUUAUGGUGCGAAGAUAACACUUGGAUUGCUAUUUUUGGGAUUAGUUCCGUUCUUUCUCAUCAGAUGUCAUAGCGAAGCAUGGUUCAGAAAUAUACUUCAAUAUCAACUGAUUGUUCCCUAGUGCACUCAUUAACAUGAGCCUUUGAUUGUAGAAUAAAAUAUUAAUGGGUUAUUUUCUAAAAAUACCUUGGAUGAUAUUUCUUAUUAUAUCUAUCGACUUCGUGAAAUCUUCGUCAUGAGACGAAGAAUCUGGCUUUAUCUGAAAAGCAGAUUGCUGUAAUUUUGUCAAUAAAUUGGGCUUACGAUCUUUUAGAUGUGGCUCUAAUCAUUUUUCCCUGAGAAAUAUUCGAAAAUGCUUCCAUUUUUGGACCACCAAGACAGUAAUAAUGUCUAUGUCUGGAACUGGGAAUUUGUUGCCUUUUUCUGGGAGGGCAACCUCAGAGCUCCGCAUUGUGAAUCUUUCUUGGCUUUCUUUUCUCCGUUUCUUAUUUUCUUUAAUCAUGUUUAGUCAAUUACUUCUACAUGAGCCUUGCAUUCAGGCAUCCAGUCUGUCGUGGUGAACACUUGUUCGUGCAUAGAACAAUGCCUCAGCUGAAUUUCUGGCAUAAUGGGAAAAACAAGGUUCAAACCUACGUUAAAUAAUAAAAUGGAUAUACAGUAUAUUACUGCAUAGUAAAUAAUUAUGAAAACUGUCAUAAAAUGAUAUAUCAAUAUUUUUAACUGAUAAGUCAUGUACACGUAGAAAUGUUCAUUUUAUUUGUUAAAAUAUUAUAUUUGUAUCGAAUUAUUUUUUUUAAAAGGCCUCAUCUAAUCAUUUGGUUACUGUGUGGUGGUUCCGUCUCCUUGAUCCCAUUUGGUAAUGACCUUGUAAAAAACAUGUACCCCUUGUUUAAAGUCUAAUUCAUUAUUUUCUGUCUUUUUUUAUCAUCUUAUUGUUCUUCCUGUGCUAAUGACCGUCUUGGACGAAAUCCCAUAUCCCUGUGUGCUAGUUGCACCUUUUUUUCCUUCCUUGAUAUUCCAAAGUCAACCCUCAUUGGCACCCCAAAGAUGUUGGAGGUCAAGCUCUUCAUGGAGCUUACCUGGCACCGUCUUUUGGUUGAUACCCCUUCGAGAGUUAUAAAGAACUAGUCUUAUCCUCUGCCACGUAUGUAGCUGAUCUAUUAUCAGCUCAAUCUUUACCCAGGUUUUAAUCCCAUUCGUCAUAUGUUGGAAUCAGUGGUCAACGAGUGGAGAUCUUUUCCUUCUUCUUCUUCUUCCUUUUUUUAUUUUUAUUUUUUUUAGUUUAGUAAUGAAGGAGUUACCAUUUUUCGCCAUCUCUUGCUGUUUCCUGUUCGAUCUGUGCCGGUAUGUGUUCUUAGUGUUGCCAGUUUCAGCAUAGAAACGUCCGAGCCCAAGGCAGUUUUUUAGGGAGUGGGCAAGGUCUGCAGGAGUUGACUGACUCUUCUGAGAGAUUCUUGUGUUCGCUCGCGCUGGUCAAUGAUCUGGGUCAAUGUGUUUGGCACGUGUGGUUGACUCGCAGGCCUUCUCCUUGGAUUUUAACCUGAGGGCACACAUGCGAACACACUCGCAGGAGAACUACCACGUCUGCCCCUACGAAGACUGCCAGAAAAGGUUCGCCCAUUCCUACAAGCUGCAGGGCCACAUCAAGUCCCACCACGAAAAGGUGCCACCUUUUGCCCCUUCUUCUCCCUUCGACGUCGGUCUGACUUUUGGGCAGCGCCGCUGCAGGCCGCUGGGACGAGCAUGGCGAAGUCAGCGCCGCCGGAGGAGAGGGCCGCCGCCGCCCCGAAGCCGGCGGCGGCGCUCUUUUCGGACCGCCCCUACGCCUGCCCCUACGAAGGCUGCGGUAAGUCGUACAUCCACGAGUACAAGCUGAAGCUCCACCUGAGGAGGGAGCACCCCGGCCAUGGCCAAGACAACGGCAAGCUCGACGCAGAGGGAAAGGCCUCUGCGGGAAAGGGUUCGAAGAGGAGCAGGUCUUCUUCGCUGAGCGCGAAGCUCCAGCAGCAGCAGCAGCAGGCGGCGCCGCCCCCACCGCCGCCGCCGUCGAAGAUCUCCCGGAAGGCUCCGGCGUUGACUCCGGCGAGCUCGAGCAAGAAGCCGUGGCCUACUGUGACAGCCAAGGGGGUCUACGAGGAUAGCGAGGAAACAGAAGAGGACUGCGAGAACCCCGAGGAGGACGCAUGGAGGUACCAAGGGACUACCAAUGCGGACGACGAGGAAACCGAGGAUGAGGAUUAA